UUAAAAACCACAGAAGUGUAAACGAAAGUGAAGUGACCAAGAACAACUUCAACGUUAGCGGUUUUAUUAGUUAUAUAUUAAUUAACACACGACCUCAAAACAUGACUUAACUACACAGCAUUACAUACUUAUCCCAGGUAGUCUUUAAUUCGUGUCGGAGACAGGACUUGGGUGACAUCUGUUAUCUAGGUAACGCUGACUAGCUGCUAACAAUGGCUAACUGUAUGGUUUUUCAUACUCAAAUAGCCUCCAUUAUGGAGGUGCUAGCGAAUGCAGCCGUGUCAGAGGUCUGUAAACUCAUAGAUGACGAUUACGCAGUGUUUCGUUUGGAAAUAACUCAAAGCCAGAAAGAAAACAGGGCAUUGCAGAGGAAACUACAGCAACUCGAAUUGAAGAUGGCGCGGGAGCGCGCAGAGAGGACAAUACGAGAGCGCGUCCUCGCCAGUCGACCCAGUAGUGUCAAGAUCCUCGACCGAUAUAGAGGAAUGGCAAGAGGUGAAGGAAGUCUCACUGGAGGCCACAGAAGCUUUGUGAAGCCAGUGGGACACAAUACAUGGAGAGAUGAUCAACCAAUCACUGUUGAUGGGGGGAGUGGAACCUCAACCCAGCACGUUAUCAUGAUAGAGUCUGCAGAGGCUGCAGGUCCUGGGGUGACACAGGAGACGUCUGAAAGAGAGGAGGACCUACGGCACAGCAUAGACAUCCAGACUGGAGAAGUGCCUGGAGUGGUGCCCUCUGUAGCCACUGGGGACCUCGCCAACGUGCCCCAGGCCAGGUCCCGGUGCAGCAUCACGGAGGAGGAGGGUGGUCUAGAGGUGCUGCUGGUGAAAGAGGAGGGGUGUGAGGAGGGUCUGGGGAACCCUGAGGGGACCAUGGUCAUGGAGGACAACCAGACUACACCUCCUCCUGAAACCACAGAGGAACCAGCUGAGCAGCACAGGACCACACACAGUCUCACUGAGUCAGUAGACAUGGAGGAUGGAAAGCCUGAUCUGCUGCUGGUCAAAGAGGAGACAAUAGAAGACGGAUCAGAGAGCAUUGACCUGCUGAGUGGUCUGAAGAUGGGGGAUCAAGGUGGUUGGCUGGAGGCUAACAGAGGAGACUGGGCAGCCAUCUUGAAUUCCCAGACCCAGACGGGUGCCGCCAAGGGCCCAGGGGACAUCAUCACUGAGCAGGUCAGGAACAGAGGCGACAUAGUGGAGGUCAGUGGAUGGGACAGCAUCAGCAACUCUGGGCUGGGGAACAACACUGUUAACUACAACCAGAAACAGACAGUGGAACACAAAACAACAACCAAACUUAGUCUCCAUGACAGCAGACUGGCUGAGACCAGGGCGAGGCUUAAAUUUGGUCUGCGGGGACUGGGAGGUGUCCGUAUGCAGCGAAAGAGAACAGACACAGACUUUGCUAGGGAUGCUCCGUCCUGCUCCUAUAGUUGUGAUUCAGAGAGACUGAUGGUGCCUCAGGUUAACCCCCUAACAAUUGCUGCCUUCAGCCUGCCUUCUAUAGGAUCUAUCAACUGGAACAUGGACCCUGCGACAACACAGACACUCCCUGGCCUUCAUCCUCCUCACACUCCCCUAAUGUUAAACCAGACCUCAGACAAUGCCAGUGCCUCAACACUAAAUGGCAACACAAGCCCAUUGACAAAUUAUAUUAGUAGUAACGCUAUUAGUAAAUCCGGUGGCAAAGAGAAGCGCUUCCCAUGUUCGUUCUGUGGGGAAACUUUCAGUUUCCCCCAACAGUUGGAGAUCCACCAGAGGAUACACACGGGAGAGACAUCGUUCAGCUGCCACCUGUGCCGGGCCUGUUUUUCACACUUGUCCAGCCUGAAGAGGCACCAGAGGGUUCACACAGGGGAGAAGCCAUUUGGCUGCCACCUGUGCAAGGCCAGUUUUUCACACUCGUCCAACCUGAAGAGACACCAGAGAGUCCACACAAGGGAGAAAUCCUAGAGCUGCCCCAGUGUGAGAAGAGGUUCUCGCACCAGCUGAAGAUGCACCUGAAGAUCCACACAAAAGAGCCUGUUCGCACUGCGGGAAGAGGUUCUCAGAGGAGCUAACUCAGGAUACACAAGCAGAAAAUGCACACGGCCCAUGUGUUGUGACAUGUAAUGUAAUACUAGUUAGUUUGAUGUUAAUUCUGUUUGUUUUGGAUUUACUGGGAAACUGGAUGAGAUGAACUGAGGAAAGAAUGAGUAUGAUGAGGCAGAGUAGAUGAUAUGGUUGGUGUGAUGGUGUCUGUGAAAAUGCUUCACUGAUGAAGUGACAACCUUGUCCAGUUGUUUGAUGCUAGUCUUUUAUAUUGAGGAAAUUAGUGCCUUAAUUUGUUUACUUGACAUGUAGUAGUGAAGCAGUGGAAUGCAAUGCUGAACCUUUUCCAAAGUAUUCAAAAAUGUAUUUUGUCAAAGGUAGGGUACCAGAUUUUAAGAAAAGGUUGUUACCAUAGUGAGAAAAGUUAUUCUACUUGUCACAUGUUUUGUACAAUUAAAGUUGUGUACUUCA